AUGUCGCUUUUAAGAGAUUCCGACCUAGAACAAGUGCACAAAAAAAUUAUUAAUAGUACCAUAGAAAAAUGUAGUCAGUUCUACAAUGCAAGAAUUCUGGAGGCUAUUAAGAUUAGAUGGCUAAAGAUAUACGAACAGAAACUGAUGAAUAAGGACCAGACGAGCGAGCAAAAAAAUACAGGAUUUGAAUUCACGCAAGCGAAUGCCAACGAUGCCGAUUUUGAUGAGGAUGAAUUUGAAGAUGCCGAAGUUGAAGAGAAAGAUUUUUUUGAAUUUCCUGUACAAGCUGAAGACGACGAAGAUGAGUUGAAUGAACUAGAUAACAUUUCUAUAAGUGACUUGAGUGAUGUAGACCCUCCGACGAACAACGUUAUCGUUGGGAUAUGCGAUAAGAUAUCAAAGCCUUGCGGGAGAAGAAAUGCGAGCAGCAAUUGGAAAAUUAAGUUGAAGGGGGGACUAAUGAAGGUGGACGGCAAAGAGAUGUUUUUUCGAAGUUUGCAAGGGGAGCUUGAAUUUUAA